CGAGGGCUCGUGAACGCAGCAGUAGGCUGACUGGCUCCGUGAAGAUGGCGGACUGUAUACGUGUUCCUGUGCUCCUGCUUUUGAUGUGCAUCUUGUCGUCUGUGCAUCCAAUUCGAGGCGAAAACAAUAUUGUCGCCAAACUUGCUGCGAACGCACAGAAUCCAGCCGGAGGUCCUGGAGCGGCCGUGGCGAACCCGGGAGCCGCGGACAGGAACCUGGGCGCAGGGGCCUCGUUGACUCGGCGGCGCUCUGCCGGCUGGAAGUUGGCUGAGGAGGCGGUGUGCAGGGAGGACCUGACCCGGCUUUGCCCCAAACAUUCCUGGAACAACAACCUGGCGGUGCUGGAGUGUCUCCAGGACAAGAAGGAGGAAACUGAGAUCGCUGCAGAAUGCAACCAUCUGCUGUGGAACUACAAGCUGAACCUGACCACCGACCCGAAGUUUGAGUCUGUGGCCAUGGAGGUCUGCAAGACCACCAUCCCUGAGAUUAAAGAAUGUGCAGCGGAGGAGCCGGGGAAGGGCUACCUGGUGUCCUGCCUGGUGGAUCAUCGUGGCAACAUCAGCGACUACCAGUGCAACCAGUACAUCACCAAGAUGACCACCAUCGUCUUCAGCGACUUCCGGCUGAUCUGCGGCUUCAUGGAGAAGUGCCGCAGCGACAUCAACAAUCUGCACUGCGGCAGCAUCAGCACCGGAGAGAAGGACCUCCACUCUCAGGGCGAGGUGAUCGCCUGUCUGGAGAAAGGUCUAGUGCGGGAGGCCGAGGAGCAGCCGGGGGCGCAACCCAUCAAGGAAGAAUGCAAGAAGUCCAUCAUGAGAAUCGCCGAGCUCUCGUCGGACGACUUCCACCUGGACCGCUACCUCUACUUCUCCUGCCGCGAGGACCGAGAACGCUUCUGUGAAAACACUCUGGCCGGGGAGGGUCGAGUCUACAAAUGUCUCUUCAAUCACAAGUUUGAGGAGGCGAUGUCUGAGAGGUGCCGCGAGGCGUUGACCACCAGGCAGAAGCUGAUCGCUCAGGACUACAAGGUGAGCUACUCGCUGGCCAAAGCCUGCAAGUCAGACCUGAGGAAGUACCGCUGCAGCGCAGACGCCAACGUGCCCCGAGCCCGAGAAUCUCGCCUGUCCUACCUGCUGCUCUGUCUGGAGUCUGCUGUACACAGAGGUCGGGUGGUCAGCGGGGAGUGUCAGGGUGAGAUGAUGGACUACAGGCGAAUGCUGAUGGAGGAUUUCUCUCUGAGUCCGGAGAUCGUUCUUCACUGUCGGAGCGAGAUCGAGGGUCAGUGCUCCGGUCUGCACCGCAAAGGACGAACGCUGCACUGCCUGAUGCGGGUCGGCCGAGGAGACAUGGGAUCCAUCGACCCCAACUGUCAGAGGGCGCUCCAGACUCUGAUCCAGGAAGCCGACCCCGGAGCCGACUACCGCAUCGACCGAGCGCUCAACGAGGCCUGCGAGUCCGUCAUCCAGACUGCCUGCAAACACAUCCGCAACGGAGACCCCAUGAUCCUGUCAUGUCUGAUGGAGCAUCUGUACACUGAGAAGAUGGUGGAGGACUGUGAACACAGACUGCUGGAGCUGCAGUACUUUAUCGCCAGAGACUGGAAGUUGGAUCCCAUCUUGUAUAAGAAGUGUCAGGGCGACGCUGCCCGGCUCUGCCACACUCACGGCUGGAACGAGACGAACGAAAUGAUGCCGCCCGGCGCCAUUUUCUCCUGCCUGUACCGCCACGCCUACCGCUCUGUGGAGCAGGGACGGAGGCUCGGCAGUGGAGCGCCUGAUGCAGAAAACCGCGGUUUGACUCUCUCCAGAGACUGCAAGGUGGAGGUGCAGAGGAUUCUCCACCAGAGGGCGCAGGAUGUGAAGCUGGACCCUGAGCUCCAGCGGCGAUGUAUGACCGACCUGGGGAAGUGGUGCAGCGAGAAGACGGAGGCCGGACAGGAGCUGGAGUGUCUGCAGGAUCACCUGGAAGAUCUGGUGUCUGACUGCAGAGACGUGGUGGGAAACCUGACGGAGCUGGAGUCGGAGGAUAUUCAGAUCGAGGCGCUGCUCAUGCGAGCCUGUGAACCCGUCAUCCAGACCCACUGCCACGAGGUAGCUGAUAAUCAGAUCGACACUGGUGAUCUGAUGGAGUGUUUGGUUCAGAACAAACACCAGAAGGAGAUGAACGAGAAGUGCGCGGUGGGAGUGACGCACUUCCAGCUGAUUCAGGUCAAAGAUUUCCGUUUCUCCUACAAGUUCAAGACGGCCUGCAAAGAGGACGUCCUCAAACUGUGUCCCAAUAUCAAGAAGAAGGUGGACGUUGUGAUCUGCCUCAGCACCACGGUGAGGAACGACACCCUGCAGGACGCCAAGGAGCAGCGAGUGUCCGUCAAAUGUCGUAAACAGCUGCGGGUGGAGGAGGUGGAGAUGUCGGAGGACAUCCGCCUGGAGCCGGAGCUGUACGACUCCUGUAAGCAGGACAUCAACAGACUGUGUCAGAACGUGGCCUUCGGCAACGCGCAGGUGAUCGAGUGUCUGAAGGAGAACAAGCGUCAGCUGACUCAGCGUUGCCACCAGCGCAUCUUCAAGCUGCAGGAGGUCGAGAUGGUUGAUCCUGAACUGGACUACCAGCUGAUGAGAGUCUGCAAACACAUGAUCAGGCGGUUCUGUACGGAGUCCGAGGGAAAGAACGUUCUUCAGUGUCUGAAACAGAACAAGAACAGCGAGCUGAUGGAUCCUAAAUGCAAACAGAUGAUCACCAAGAGACAGAUCACCCAGAACACAGACUUCAGGCUGAACCCGGUGCUGAGGAAGGCCUGUAAAGCCGACAUCCCCAAGUUCUGUAAGCCCAUCCUGGACAAGGCGACGGCCGACAGCGAGCUGGAGGGUCAGGUCAUCUCCUGCCUCAAACUCAAAUACGCCGACCAGCGCUUGUCUACAGACUGUGAGGACCAGAUCCGGGUCAUCCUGCAGGAGUCGGCGCUCGACUACAGGCUGGACCCUCAGCUGCAGAUCCACUGCACACAAGAGAUUUCCAGGCUGUGUCCGGAGGAAGCAGCCGCUCAGGAGCAGACGGGGCAGGUGGAGGAGUGUCUAAAGAUUAACCUGCUGAAGAUCAAACAGGAAGCAUGUAAGAAGGAGGUGUUGAACAUGCUGAAGGAGAGCAAGGCGGACAUCUUCGUCGACCCCGUCCUCCACACAGCCUGCGCUCUGGACAUCAAACACCAAUGUGCAGCCAUCCCACCUGGCAAGGGGCGACAGAUGUCGUGCCUGAUGGAGGCGCUGCAGGACAAACGUGUUCGUCUGCAGCCAGAGUGCAAGAAGAGACUUCAGGAUCGCAUCGAAAUGUGGGGCUACGCUGCCAAGGUGGCUCCUGCUGAGGGUUUCUCAGACCUGGCCAUGCAGGUGAUGACAUCACCAUCCAAGAACUACAUCCUGACUGUGAUUGGCGCAGGCGUGUUGCUGCUCUUCCUGAUCGGGCUGCUCUGCGGCAGAUUCACCAAACGCGUCACUCAGGAGCUGAAGGACAGGUAGACUCCGCCCACUCUGGGGUCAGGACACACCCACAGGAGAAACGACCGCCGCUGAACAGAAUCGCCCCUCUCCUCCUUACGCCCACAAAAACUCCACUUACCCCACCCCCCCUUCAUUUACAAACACCCUCCAGACUUACAUUUCCCUCUCCCAUCACUGGAAUGACAUUACCCACAAUCCUGCAGGCGAAAGUGGGCUUGAUCAGUGACUCACCUGCUCUUGUGCUACAUGAGCCCCGCCCACUGUCGUCUCUUCCUCUUCAUCUUUAUCUGAGCUUCUAUACAGAGCGCCGGCUCCUGCGGCAGUUUUACCCUGCACUCACCUGAUGUAGGUUUUCCCCGCUCCCCCCUCUGCUGUGAGGGGGAGGGGUGGGGUGGGGGGUGUUAGGAUAUGGGGUCAGAGGUCAGGAUAUGGGGGCGAAGUGUAAAUGUGUAGAGAAUGGGACGGGAAAUGCUCGUGUAUAAAGCGGUUUAAUUACUCUAGUAUUUUAAUGACUACAGUGAGUGUGCGUGCUCGUCUUUCUACCACCAUAUUCUACUAUGUCCUCCCGCUAAAGGCUUUUGGGGAGGGUGUUUGGCUCUAUAAAUACAUAAAUAUAUCUUUGUUCUUUUUUUGUUGCUGAUGUGUGUAAGUUAGAUUUUAUCGCCAUAGGACUGCCAGGCGGGCGGUGCUAAGCAGCCAGCCCUCCACCGAGCCACAGAUGUGAAACAGAGAGAGAGACGUCACGAACAAGCCGGCUCGCUCGGAGCUCUUCAUACAACGGGACUUAUUUGUGGUUAUUUUUAUUUUUGAAACAGCAGACCUGGCAACCUCAGCCCUCCCCGCUGACGCAGUCCGUUUUUUUUUUUUUGGUUUGCUUUUCUCUUUAUUCCCCCCAGCCCAACGUGUGCCAUAAACGCACCACGUCCACCUGCUGCAGCUCCCAGUUUAGCCGAUUUCACCCGUCUGGUGAAAGCAGCUGGUCGGCGCCGGGCCGGGACACAGAGUCUGAUCCAGGACUGGGAGGAGCGGCCAGACCGGCGAGCUAACGGCGGCUGUGGGGAAAACGGCUGAGAGCAAUGCAGGAAAUAAAACCAACAGAAGAAAGAAAGGAAAAGAUUCUAGAUUAUAAAUGGAGAUGUGAACAUUUUUGUGUAAAGAUGAAACUGGAGUCACUGCACAUUUUUCGUUCUUUUUUUUAUAUCUAUAAAUAUAUAUAUAUUUUGUUUUGUCAUAGCCUUAUUUAUUUGUUUACUAACGAUCAAGUUUUUAUUUUCUAUGAUUUGAAUGUUCUCUGGUUGCCUUUUCUCCAGCGAGCGAGCGUCCCUUCUUCCUGCGUUGUGUGGGGGGGGUGGCGAAGGUGCGGCCUCCUCCGGGCAUCGACCCGCUGCAGCAGCUGCUAGAUGUUUGACGUGCGGCGGUGAACGCCUCUCUCGCCGGGCAGGGUGUGUCAGACCGCAGCGCGUUAUCAGUCAGCUUCGAUGAAGUCGAGCGGCAGUUGAAACACGACCUCCUGAAUCCUGAGUCGUGGAUCAGAUCGAUGAA